UCUCUUUCUCGAUUUUAUAUCUAUAAAUAAGAGAAAUCAUCCUCAGCUUCAUUUCAUCUUCCAAUUACUGUCUUGUGCCGUGUGUGGUUCGUGCCUUAGUCAGGCUUCCCAUUUUUUUCUCGAAAUCAUUGUCGUCGUCGCGCGAUGGAAAUUGUUGAGGACUCGAACAGUCGGAAAACUUUGUUGGAGAAAAAACGUGGAGGUUGGAGAGCUAUUACGUUCAUCCUAGGAAAUGAGACGUUGGAGAAGUUAGGAUCGGUAGGAGUAUCGGCAAAUCUGAUGUUGUAUUUGAGAAAUGUGUUCCAUAUGGAGCCGGUGGAAGCUUCCAACGUCUACUACUUGUGGAUGGGUCUCACCAACUUCGCUCCACUCCUCGGUGCGUUGAUCUCCGAUGCCUACAUUGGCCGCUUCAAGACCAUUGCAUGUGCAUCCUUCUUCUCACUUCUCGGACUAGUGACGGUAACACUUACAGCGUGCCUGCAUCAACUCCACCCACCACCGUGCAAAAACCCUCGUCCUGACGAAUGCGACGAUCCGAACAAACUCCAGCUUUGGAUUCUGUUCCUUGCUCUCGGCUUUCUCUCCAUUGGAAGUGGUGGAAUCCGACCUUGCAGCAUCCCAUUUGGAGUUGACCAAUUUGACCAACGAACAGAGCAAGGCCUUAAAGGAAUGGCCAGUUUCUUUAAUUGGUACUACUUGACCUUAACCAUGGUCCUCAUCUUUUCUCAUACCGUUGUGGUCUACUUACAAACUGUUAGUUGGGUCAUUGGUUUUAUCAUCCCAACUGCUUUAAUGGCUUGUGCCGUGGUCAUGUUCUUUGUCGGUAUGCGGUUUUAUGUGUAUGUCAAACCGGAAGGGAGUAUAUUCUCGGGUAUUGCUCGAGUCAUCGUGGCUGCUCGUAAGAAGCGGAACCUCGAGAUUCCGGCAGUGGAUGAUGCGACAGUAGAGUACUAUGACCCGCCAGUGAAACCUGGCGUAUUAUCCAAGUUACCUCUUUCCAGCCAGUUCAAGUUUCUGGACAAAGGGGCGGUGAUAGUAGAGGGUGAUCUUACAUCUGAAGGAGUUCCAGCGAAUAAGUGGUGGCUAUGUAGCAUCCAAGAAGUUGAAGAGGUCAAGUGUCUGAUCAGAGUCGUUCCGGUUUGGUCUAGUGGGAUAAUCUCAAUCGUUGCAAUGACCUCACAAGUAACUUUUAUUGUCUUUCAAGCUAUGAAAAUGGAUCGACACAUGGGUCCGCACUUUGAGAUACCGGCAGCUUCCGUAACCGUCAUUUCUUACAUCACUAUAGGCAUUUGGCUGCCUAUAUACGACCGCCUCUUAGUCCCGUCUCUAUGGCGAAUCCAAAAGUUCAGGUUCACACUCCUACAGCGGAUGGGGAUAGGGAUCAUCUUUGCCAUUCUCUCCAUGUUCACUGCAGGGUUUGUGGAAGGAGUGAGGCGGACACAGGCUACUGAAAGGACACAAAUGUCGGUGUUUUGGCUUGCUCUGCCGCUGAUCUUGAUGGGACUCUGCGAGUCGUUUAAUUUCAUCGGCCAGAUCGAGUUCUUCAACAGUCAGUUUCCGGAGCACAUGAGAAGCAUAGCAAAUUCGCUAUUUCCGCUCUCAUUUGCUGCCGCAAAUUAUCUGAGCAGUCUGCUGGUGACCACCGUGCAUAAAUUCUCAGGCACAAAAGACCAGCCUGACUGGCUGAACAAGGACCUUGAUAAAGGGAAAUUGGAUUACUACUACUAUCUGAUUGCUGGUUUGGGAGUGGUUAACUUUGUCUAUUUCUGGUACUGUGCCAGAAGUUACCAGUACAAAGCCGGUCCACAGAUGGAAGUUACUAAAGAGGAAAUGUCUUUUCUAGACAUAGAACCAAACCAAAGACAUGAUCACUUGAGAUGUUAGAAUACCAAUGUAAGUCGUCAUGACGUUUGGAUACGAAUAUAAAGCUAUAAAUUAUAUUUGAUUAUAGCUCUCAUGGAAAAAAAGAUCUACUACUUCACAUGUCGGAGGUAAAAUUGAUGGCCACGAUAAACGAAAAGGUCAUAACAAAAACCGAGCAAUUGUCAAACAUUUCAAACACGAGAUUAGGCUUAUAUGAGUUAUAGCAUAAACGCAAAA